AUGGAUCCCCCGACCGUCAUUGCCAUUAAACGGGCUUUUCUCGAACUUGCCACGCGUCAAUUGGCCCAGCCGCUCACACCAUCGCGCACCUGGCAAAGGAGAAACAACUCGAGAGGAACCAUACGUGGUCGCGAUGCAGUAGCUAUCGAAAACAGCACCGGUGAUAUCGGAGACGGUGGAAGGCGCUUACCUCCCAAGGUUAUCGACGAGGUCCUUGUGCGCACCAACCAGUUACUGUUGCUUCACUCUCGCCGUGUGCACACCUCAACGGCUGUCCGCCACGUUGCCGAACAACUGGACCAGCUCUACCAGGCUACUAGCGACGACCUGUUGGCCCUACCAAACGAUGCUAGCAGUGAAUCUCUUGACCGAGGAUCGGACUACAUAGCCUGGGACGAUUCCCUUGAGGCUGACAGACUACCGCUCGAGGCCCGCCGGUAUACAGAGCAGGUGAUACAGCUGCAGGCGCUUGCACGUCAUCGGACAGAAGCAGCAGCACGUGUGCGGCGCCUACGUGGGAUAAACUCUUUGCUCGACGGUGUCUCGUCUGACGUCGUUCCUGCACAGCUUAGUCUCGUAACGCGUGAUGGGCCAGUGGAGGGCGAGCUAGGGCGGAUGCGCCUACUUCUCGCAAGAGUGGGUGACCGGGUUGCAAAUUUACCCACUCCGGAUGUAUCGUUGACAGGAUCAAUAGACCGGCCAGACGUAAACGUGGACAACAUAAACUCAGCGACCACGGACGUCGAAGAAAUAGGGCGUCUACGAUCCCAGGCGCUACUUGAGCUUUGUUGA